AUGCUAAACUGCCAACAUAAAUCAAAUAAAAGCAUAUGCAAAUUAUGUGGAAUAGCUAUUUAUAAAGAUGGAUCUGUUGCUUAUAAACAUAUUUCCUUUAAGAGUCAUCAAUAAGCAAAAAAUCUUUUCGAUGAUCUAAGCAAUAUUAACAUAAAUUAUGAACGAAGAGAAGAAUUAAUAGAUUUCAUUUAUUAAACAAAAUAGAGCUUAUAAUUAACUGAUUAAACUGUUCAUUUAGCCAUUCAUUAUUUAGAUAGAUGUUAAAAUUUACUUUAAUGUUAUAAUCCAAAAUUGAUUUCAUUACAAUGUUUGAUGGUCAGUUCUAAAAUGAUUGAAGAUGAUUCACAUAUUCCAGGAAUGAGUAAAUUAUAAAAAGCAAGUGAUUUAAAUUUAAAUAAAAAUGAAUACAAAUAAGCAGAAUGUUUAGUUUUAAAAACAUUAAAUUGGUAAUUUAAUAUACUAAUUCUUAUAGGAAAUUAAAAAUUAACACUUUAUAUGAAUAAGUUUAAAGUCUCUUAUGUAUAGGUGUAGUAUUUUCUACAGAUACAAAUGAUGGAAUCAUGGAUUUCAAUAUGAUUAAUUUUGUAUGUUGUAAAAUGCUAAAAGAUCAUUCCAAAAUAGUUUAUCAAGUAAACAAAAUACCUUAAUUGAUGCAAAUUAAUACUAAGAUUUUAGCAAUGGCUAUUAUUUUAUAUAUGAGAAAACAAUGCCGUUUGCAUCCUCUGUAGUAAAUUUUUGGUUAUGUUCACUAGUCCACAUUAAUUAUAAGGUUUACUUGAAGAAAAUUAAAAUUAAUUGUUAAUUGAUACAUAUGGUCAACUCAAUAACCUAUUACAAAACAAUUCAUUAAGCAAUACAAAAAGUGUUUCAAGAGCCUUGUCACCUAUUACACUUUCUACUUGUAAAUCUAUGCCCCCUGCCACUCGAGUAACAUAAAACCAGCGAAUGCCUUUAAACAUUAUUACAAAUCAUCAAACAUGUAUCAAACCAAAACUCAUAAAAUCAAAACAUUAAGAAUAAGAUUUAAAUCCAUUAAGAGUUAAAAAUAAGAAUUGUUGA